GAACUUCAACGGAGACUCAGUCUGCUUGCAACGGCCAAGGUGGGUAGGUGUCGAGGAGAACACAGGCAGCUGACUCUCGCUUUUGGACCCAUUGAGGAAACGGAGCAAUGCUGUUUCGGUCGCUGUUCCCGCUGCUGUUGCUGCUGCUGAUCGGGGUGUGGAGCGUCAGCGGAGCCAACGAGGAGCGAGAUGCGGCCGCGGGAAGCUCGAGGCCGCGAUCCGAAGGGAAGAGAGCGAAGCAAAUGAGCGCCAAAAGCAAAUCGGAGGCGACGGUUCCGAAGGCCCUCGGCGACCCAACGGAGGAUGAGAUCUCGGACAAAAGAGGAUCCAAAAGCCUGAAUCUCCUGGAGGAAGACGCGAAGGAGGAGAAAGAAUCGACGCCGGAGGAUGAGAGAAAGGCGGAACCGAAGCUCCGGAAGGAUGAGAACGAAACGGGCUUCGAGACCGAUCCCGUGCGAAAGAAGCCAGUCAGAGAGAUGAGCUUCGUAAAACCUAAAGACGAAGGUAAAGAGGACCAGCUCCUGAAAACGAAUCUGAACCAAAGACAGUUUUGGUUUGGUGAUGACCCGCCUCCAGGAAUCCACACGUCCUUGUACCAACAUCACCACAGAUUAUCAUGCGACGACGACAAGUGCACGGGGAAAGGAGGCACUUGGCAGCCCUUGGACGACUGCUCCGGCGACCAGGACAGACCCAUGCUCUACUGCCCCACUACCGACGAGUUCUGCUGUGGCCAACGCAGGUACAGGCAGCGUACGAAGAGGUGCAAGCGGUCGGGAGGAAGCUGCCACAUCCACGAGGCAACCUGUCCCGGCGUGGCGGAGAAGAAGAGGUGUCGCAAGGGAAGGAAAUUCUGCUGCUACAUCCCAAAACCAUACGUGGACCUAACCUGCGAUGGCGAAACUUACUCGCUGGCGGAGGGCGGCCGGGUGAUCACAGCCACCGAGGGCCGCAUCAAGAGCCCCGGGGACAUGGUGCGUUACCGGCGCUACCUGGACGUCUCCGCCAGCCUCGUUCUGCCUCCCGGACACGUCGCCAGGAUCGAGUGGAGGGACAUCGAGGUCGAAGAGAACUCGCGGUGCUUGUACGACUACGUGGAGAUUGUCGAUUCGCUUACCGGCGAGGGGCUCGAACCCUACAACAUCAGCAGGUUCUGCGGAAGGAAAGUCCCACAUACCAUGGAUUCUAAAAGUAAUUUGGUGACAAUAAGGUUUAAAACUGACUACAGCGUCCAGGAGGCAGGGUUCGACAUUUGCUUCCGUGCUGUCCAGGUGUAAGACGUUCUGCUUUCCAACUCUGAUACGGCAAAUAGAUUUCAUUACCUGGAUAAAGCGAGGGAUCAGCUGCGACUCCGUAUGCAAUAUUAUCUUCCUCUUAACUUUCAAAAAUGGUAACAAUGAAAUAGGAGUGGCAGACUUGAUCUUUCUAUGCAUAAGCCGUUUGAAUGAAUAUGCAAUGAUUACCAAACAGUAUGUUUCAAUAUCUAGUUACCUACUACCAGGCAUUUUUUUUAUAAUUAUCUAGCAAAACGGUUCAUAUUUACACUGCCAUUACUUACCUGUUCUUUUUUACAUAGUCAACCAAAAAAGUCAUUCUUAAUAAUCAUCGGUUAAUGUGUGUAGUCUAUAGCAAGAACACACAACGCAUUCACACAAAAUUCUUUGGCAAUUAUAAACCAGGCAGUUAUUUAACUUGUAUUACUAAUGUAUGUGAUAAUUCAGAAGAAGAGCUACAUUUUGUUUAUUUAGAAAAAAAUGUGGUUUUAAUUAUCAAGAUAUCAAUAGCUUCUGGUUAUUUUUUGUUUAUCUUCCAUUCAUAAUAUGCCUCACUGUUUAUAUAAUCUGCUAUGAAUUUCGAAAGGUUUCUCACCUAUCUAGGACAAAUUUCCAAAUAUGUAUUGUAAACUUUGGGCACAACAAUAAAGAUCUUUGAAAUUC